CCCCAUGGCUUACCGACGGGGCAUCCAGUUACUAUCACGCCGUGCGACGGCUCUCAUCUCCCUCAAAUCGACACCUCCUAUCUCCGUCUUCAAAACCCUAAUAUCAAAUCCCCAUCUCACAAAACUCAUUCCCAGUUUGGAUCGGUCCCAGUUCACCCUCUGGCCCCAAGCUCGCUGCCUCUCGUCGAGCAAAGACGAUGAUGGCAGUGAAGACGAUGACGAAGAUGAAAUAGAAGCAACCAGUGACGGAGAGGGGAAUGCAACGCUGGAGUCGACGAGGGAGUAGUACUCGCGAAGGAGAAGGAAGCAGAGGCAGCUGCUAUCGGGUACACAGUCGUGGGUCCGCUCCAGCGAUCUGAUCGGGUCUUUAAACAGUACGAUCCACUUUUCGCGGUGGUUCAGGUUUUUAUUUAUGAGUUUGUUUCAAUGUUUUCGUGUUAACAAGCAAAAAUGCUGAAAAUAUUGGCAUCUGGGGUUUUUGUUUUUAUGCAGUUUUGUGGGUUUUAUUGGUGUAGAUUGGGUCGGAUCAGUUUAAAGUCAGCAAUGGGGAUUGUAUUUUUACGGAUAGGUUGUAAUUUUGCGAAGUAAAUGACAAGGUAAGGA